GGCCAAUGCUCAAACCACUGAGCUAUCCCUCCCACCUUAACAUGAUUAAGGUUAUAGACUGAAACUCUUACAACCAGGUCCCUUGGCUUUGUUACAUUUAUAGUGUGGACAGGACCUUAAUGUGUCUCCUGUAGCUUCUGAUCGUUCCCUGUGUUCCUGCAGGUAGCACUUCCACAGCAGCACUAGUAAGGACGGAGAUAGGUGCGAUAGAAAACUCAUCUAGAUAAUGAAACUUACAACCGUAUCUGUUUCAUUCUGCUGUUUUGGUAUUUCUGGACCAAUGCUGUGUACAGGAUUUGUGUCUAGAUUUGAUCCCCCCCCUUCCAAUAUACUGCCACAGUAAUAAGAAUGUAGGGGGGGGAGGGGGAUGGGAGAACAUAGGACUCUAUCUCGUGUCCACCCAAACUAAGUGGCUUGACCAAGUACAGCAAAUCCUAUAGUCCUAUUUCUCGGGCUUAUUCUGUGAGACAAAGUUUGAAAUCUAAUUCCUUAGACAGCGUGUAAAAUGUCCCCAGUGAAGACUGUUUUUGAUUAAAAGAAUAAGGAAACUUUAUAAAAAUCCUGUCAAGAUUGGCAGGUGUAAACAUGGAUUUACUGUGACACUAGAAUUGCCGGCCUAAAAUGUCUUAACUCUAAACUUGCAUAUAUGCAUCUUUUUUGUGGGCAGGAGACAGAAUGGGGCACAAAGCUAUAUAAAAUCCUGAAAGUAUAGGCUCUGUCAUGUGGGACGACGUACUGUGCUCACCAAGUCUUAAGUUUAACCCUAGUGACAACGGCCCAUUAAAGUGCUAGCUUAAAGAACUAAAAGAACCCCUCUCACCCAGUAAAAUGUUGGUAGUUGCUUAUGUAAUGUGUAUGUACUCGUAGGCUCAACAGAGUUGUGAGGAUUGCAGCAGUAUGUUUGGAGAAUAUUACUGCGGUAUAUGCCACCUGUUUGACAAAGACAAGAAGCAGUAUCACUGUGAGAAGUGUGGCAUUUGUAGGAUUGGUCCAAAAGAAGACUUUUUCCACUGUUCAAAAUGUAACUUAUGUCUAGCCUUGAGUCUUCAAGGAAAACAUAAGUGCAUUGAAAAUGUCUCCAGGCAGGACUGUCCAAUAUGUUUGGAGGACAUUCACACCUCGCGUGUCGGAGCCCACGUUCUGCCGUGUGGACACCUUCUUCAUAGAACUUGUUAUGAAGACAUGUUAAAAGAAGGUUACCGAUGCCCCCUGUGCAUGCACUCAGCUUUAGAUAUGUCCAGGUACUGGCGACAAUUGGAUGACGAAGUGGCGCAAACCCCCAUGCCCACGGAAUAUCAGAACAUGAUGGUGGAGAUCCUUUGCAAUGACUGCAGCACCCGGUCCACGGUUCAGUUCCAUAUCUUAGGCAUGAAGUGUACAAGUUGUGAAUCCUACAACACUGCUCAAGACGGAGGAUGCAGGAUGGCUCUGGAGCAGCAGUGACUAACACACACAUCACGUGUUACUGGAAAGAAAACCAUCCUUGUUUGUUACGGCUGCUAAGGCACACGGCAACGUCUCAUAGUCCAAAUGGUUUCUCUGUUCAUGUCCUAUCUCAAAAUCCCAAUUCCUGGUGCCGAAUUCAGGCUCCUUAGGAGACUGUCACGCUCUGCUGUUAGCAUAGCCUACGAUUCUCCCACUGCAGUGGUUGUGAAGUGCAAAUCCAUGUCAGAGCGCCUGUGAGAUCUCACCCCUCUGCUUUCUCCGGUGAUGCUCCGUGGAGAGUGUUCUUGUCUGGUGGAACUUCCCCGUCCGUGGUGCUGCGCAUCUCACACACAGUGUUUAGUCCUAGAGAACUGCAAGUUUUAGAGGAGAGCUCAGCUGUCUUUUCUACCACACUGUAUAGAUACAUAUUUCUAAUAAGAUGAUUUAUAAGCAAUAGCUGUCAGAACUGAACUGAUUCUGUGGCAUCUGAGGGCUCUGACCAGAUUCUGUGGAGGCUGUUACUUCCAGGAAGAGAGGGCAGCAAGAAUAGACAGAUACCCAUUCUGCAUAGAAAUCCGUGGGGAAGGUCAGUAGCUUGGAGUGCUAUCUUAAGGAAAGCUUAAGUAUUCAAUCCUUUUGGUAAAUAGAUUUUGUUUGUAAGUUUAUUUGUAGGUGGAUGAAGUCUGGGAAAUGGAGGUGACUAUAGAUGGAAGAGGUGUGCUGGUAUAAAUCGUUCAUCUUCAUCUACAUCUCCCAUCCACAACCUGCACAAAGUAAAAACGGGCAGGUUUAUUGAUGUAAAGCAAGGCUACGGUGUGUCAAAUCAGUGUGGGUAUAUAACACUUUAAAAACAGGGCUCAAAGCUGCUGCUUCUCUCCUGAUUUCUCGUGGGAACUAGUUUCUCCACAUCCUAGUUCCUUUCACCUACUGCAAUUACACUAGCUAUUGAUUUCUUUCUACCCCGAAGGCCCUGAUGCUGAAAAGUCUUACCAACAUGCUGCUUUUAAAUAUGCCAGUGGUCUGUUCACUUCACUGAGUCUAUUCAGGUGCAUAAAGUUAGGCAUGUGCAUUUGUCUUUUCAGGAUUGAGGCCAAAAAUAGUUAAUUCCAUUGAUUCUGCAAUUUUGCAGAAAUUCUCCAAUUUAGGGACACUCUCAGGUGGCUUAGACCCAGUCUUUGGUUUUGUGGUUAUGUUUUCAUGAAACUAGAUCUUACAAAACAGUUGUUAAAAUAUCCUGAAAAUAGUUCCCUCCAGAGCGUCGGCAGUCUGAAUACUGGGGGAUGGCCCUCCUUUGUGAGAGCCAGUGUGUGACAGUAGCUCCAAGUAUAUAUGAAAGACCUUUGUCUCUUUCAUUGUCAAUGCAGAAAAUCACAAACCUAGCUUCUCACUAUAUAGCUUAUUUUUUAAACUUGUUCUAAUUAUCUAAAGUGUCACUAAAAUUUUAUUUUUCAUCUGACAGUGUCCCUUUAUGCUCAAAAAUACUUCAACUCUUAAGUGGUGUGUGGUAGUAUUAGUGUAUCCUGCUACUGAAAUCUAAGUGCAUAUACAUAGGUAUCUUUUUCUAAAGCACUUUUCUCAAUGCUAUAAAUUAAUGUAUUUUGAUGUACAGUAAUAUCUUUAAUAAAGCAGAUUAUAGUAAA